GGAGACAAAACCCACCUCUCCACCCUCUUUCAUCUAUCAUGCUCGACCAACCAAGCAAAAGGAGGAAGGAAGGAGCUUUGCAAACCAUUCCCAUAGCUGAAAAUUCGAGCUCAACCUAAGGGAGUCCAAAGAGGAAGAUAAAAGAAGGAAAAAGUUGGGGAAAGUGUGAUUUAUUAAGGCACUUGUAAAGGGUAUUUCAAGUGAUUUCACAAAGUUGGAAAAAGUCGCCGGAGUUGUCGCCGGAGUUGACCAAGUCGCCGGAGUUUCACCGGAGUUCAACCAAGAAGGGUAGAACUUCUUAACGCUAGUUCAAGGUUGAAGCUAGGGCUUGCUACUUGCACCUUCUCACGGGUGAUAUCAAAUCAGGAAGACGUGAAAUGGAGGGCAGGCGAAUGGCAACCAGGAACAAUCCGAGAGGGCGGGCGCCGGUAGCGUCCCAAAGGGGAAGCCGGGCUGCAUCUCGGGGUUCAAGAGGAGGCCGUGGAGGCCGUGGAAGCCGUGGAGGUCAUCAAGCUCAAACUGUGAGUGAUGGCCAUGUAAGCUCGGUGUAUGAAACCAACACCGAGGACUAUGACUCAACCUACGUUCCAGAAACGGAGCAUGAGGAGACCCCGUAUGAUGGGGGGGAUACAUACACCGAUGAUGACGAUGAGAGUGAUGCCCGGUUCGCCCAAAUGGGUGAAUUACUUGAGUGGUAUCAAAAAGAGAAACUGAGGAGAGACCUUAGGCGCCAAGCGAGGCGUGGCUCUCGGGGAGGUUCGGGUCAAGGAAGCCGGGGAGCUUCCGUGGCCACCCCAGCGGCGUCACAAGGUGGGCGUGAAGGAGGUUUUGUUGUGAGAAUCUCCAAGUACCUCAAGGAGGCUAGGGCCUUGGGGUGUAGGUCCUUUGACGGCACCGGUGACAUUACCGUUGCCGCCGAUUGGAUUAAGAAGGUGAAGGAUGCAUCAAGGGACAUGCAAAUCACACCGGACGUGAAGUUGACUGUCGCUUCACGGCUACUUGAAGGGAUAGCUUCUACGUGGUGGGAGAGCGUGGAAGGGAAGUACCAUGGGGAAAUAACAUGGGCGGACUUUGAGCUAGAGUUCUAUGCUUAAUACUACUCCGAGUACGAGGUGAAUGUGAAACGGAGAGAGUACACUAACCUUAAACAGAAAGAGGGCGGCACAGUUAAGCAGCUGGAACAAGAGUUUAGAACCUUGGCUAGGUUCUUACCAGAGUACGCGGUUGAUGAGAACCGUAUGACGGAGCACUUUUGGGAUGCCUUACUCUUGGACAUCCGUGAUCGGGCUACGUACUCGCGCCACAUGACCUUUAGCGAGGUGGUGGAGCAGGGCCUUCUUGGGGAGGCCCAAUGGAAUGAAAGAAAAGAGAGGGACGCCGAAGAGGCGAAAAAGAGGAAAUGGCAUGGUUCGGGGCCACCCGAGCAGGCACGGAGGGAUAAACACGGCGGAGGUGGGGGUUCGUUCAAAACACCGGCACCACCGGCAAAGAAGAACAGGGAUGCUCGGUGGCAUGCAUCCUCCUCUCAAAAGACGGGACCCCCUAGGUGUGCUAAUUGUUCGAAAAAUCACUUUGGGAAAUGCAACGCACCCCCGAGGUGUUAUCAAUGUGGGAACACGGGCCACAUGAAGGCCAAUUGCCCACAACUAGGAGGAGGAGGAGCUCCGGGAUCCGGAGGAGGAACCACGACGGGAAGGAACCGUGCGGGACCGUCACACGGUGGCACGGGGAGAGGCGGCGCAUCAACGAGCCAUGCCGCGUCCGUCAACCAAGGCGGGGCCCAAGCACGAGUAUAUGCUAUGACCGAGGCCGAUGCUCGGGCUAACCCCGACUCCGUCGCAGGUUGAAGCUAGGGCUUGCUACUUGCACCUUCUCACGGGUGAUAUCAAAUCAGGAAGACGUGGUUCGUGCUUCCUUAUUUUCUUUCAAACUACCGAACACUUGCUCAUGGAUAUUUGUUCUACUAUAAACUAUUUUUGGGGCUUGCAUGCCCAUGUUGUUGGCCGGUUGUGGCUUAUGAUUUACCGUUGAAUAUUUCCGCUAUUCAUUGGUUUAAAUGUGAUGUUGUUAUGUAUGUUUACUACUGAGUAUGGAUGGAUUGUUUUCUCGAACGCCUUGUGUAAUUAAGUGGGGUUGACUCGCGGGUGACGUCACUUAAUUAUACGGCGGUUGUACACGCGCUUGGAUUUCGGUCUGGGGCGUGACAAUAUCUCUUUGUAGAAACAUCCAAUGUACACGAUUCAAGCUCCAUAGGAAAGCAAACUUCAAGGGCUACAAAUCAUAUGAAGACAUCUUUGCGAGAAUCUGAGAGGAAGGAGGUGAAAACAGACGAUGAAGUCAGAUGAUCUCUGCUGCGAUUUCAGAAAGACACCUCCCACCGUUUUGAUCAUAUCUCUUGAUUGGAUGAUUCAAAUCACAUUCGGCAAAUUGGGGUGGAUAGAGGACUUCAUUAUCUACAACUUUCAUGAAGGAAGUUUUGUCAAAUUCGGAAGUUCAGUAGGCACGAUCGUGCCCUCAAAGUCAGACACGAUCGUGCGUGAAGAGAAAACACGGAGGAGUUACUGCCAGCCAGGCAUGAUCGUGCCUGGAGGGAGGCACGAUCGUGCCUGCCCAAAAUGCGCGUUUUUGCUCCGGAGGCACGAUCGAAGGCACGAUCGUGCCUGGCUCCGAAAAUCCUAAUUCAGCUCAAAUUUCACCCGAUUUUUCUAUUUAAACAGCCUGUAAACCCCCGUUUUCAAGGGGGGGCUUAGAGAGAGUGCCUAGCACGAAUUUUAGAGGGAUUUUCAGCCUUGUUCAUCAAUCUUUUGGGAUUCUUUGUAAGUUCCACCUUUUUAAUUAAUGACAAU